AUGGAGUUAGAGGCAAAUAAUUCCUUAGCUUUCCUAGAUGUGUUAGUCAUCCGAAAUCCUAACAACACCAUAGGUCAUACUGUGUAUAGAAAAAAGACCCAUACAAUACGAUACUUAAAUGGUGAAUCUCACCAUCAUCCUUCACAGUUAGGUACCGUGGGCAAAUCUUUGUUUCAGAGAACACGAGGGAUCUGUGACAGCAAACACCUGGCCGCCGAGCUCCAGCACGUCAAGCAGGUUUUGCACGACAACAAGCUUCGGGUCCCGCGCCUCCGUCACAGUGACCGAGUGAAGCCGGCCACAGUCGAGCGUGUGCCUGCUAUACUACCAUAUGUCAGAGGUGUCACAGAAAAGAUUGGCUACAUCUUGAAGCGAGCUUCUAUUAGAACAUUUUACAAGCCGCCGAAGAAGAUUAGUCAGUUCUUACCAUCCGUAAAGUGUCAUAUUCCUCUACAAGAUGCAGGAGUGUACAAGCUUGAUUGUGAUUGUAGUCUCUCAUAUAUAGGACAAACAAAGAGAUCAAUUAGAACCCGCGUAAAAGAAGACAUAGCUGACGUGAAGCAUCAAUGUUCGAUUAUAAGAAUUGCAUGGAAACUUUAG